AGCUCCUCACUUCCCCGUUCAGGUUACCUCCCACCCAUUGUACUUGCUGCUGGCUGUUACUAGGAACAUCCGAGGGAGUGACUGUAGUUUCAUCUCGCCCGGAGCCUUUCGUAGGGUCUCGGCUGGAGAGGAAGCCUGCACAGAUCAAGGCUGCUCACCAGAAGAGGACCUGGGAAUGGCCGUCCCCACCGUCGUGACCAUCCAGCCGCAGUACGGCGCGGCCCUGCCCUCCGUCUCGAGAUGCACGUGGCAGACGGGCCUGAUGGACUGCUGCACCGACUGUGGCGUCUUCUGCUGCGGGAUGUUCUGCUACCCGUGCCUGGCGUGCCAGGUGGCCGGGGACAUGAACGAGUGCUGCCUGUGUGGGACCAGCGUGGCCAUGAGGACCCUGUACCGCACCAGAUACAACAUCCCGGGGUCCAUUUGCUCUGACUUCUGUGUCACCAUGUGGUGCCCGGUGUGCUCUGUUUGCCAAAUUAAGAGAGACAUCAACCGCAGGAGGGAGCUUGGCAUAUUCUGAUGCUGCCAUCCUGGCUAUGUCCUUGGAGCUGCUGCAAGCAGGAGUCACCGCUGCUCUGACUGUUAGGAAAUGCACCAUGUGGAGCUUGCCUUGAUUGCAUUUGAUUUUCCCUUAUUAAGUGCAGAAAUAAAGUUUUGAGUUUGUCUUCCUA